GUGGUUGCAGACGGAGAAAUGGAGGCCAGAGACAAACAAGUGCUCCGUUCCCUUCACCUGGAGCUAGGUGCAGAAGUGCUGGUGGAGGGAUUGGUUCUUCAGUACCUUUACCAGGAAGGAAUCUUAACAGAAAACCAUGUUCAAGAAAUCAAAGCUCAAACCACCGGCCUCCGGAAAACAAUGUUGCUGCUGGAUAUCCUGCCUUCCAGGGGUCCUAAAGCAUUCGAUACCUUUCUAGAUUCUCUACAAGAAUUUCCCUGGGUGAGGGAGAAGCUGGAGAAGGCAAGGGAAGAAGCCAUCACUGAGCUGCCUAAAGGUGAGCAGGUGCCUGGGAUCCCCUCGCACAUCCUCAGCAGCUCCCCGUCGGACCAGCGGAUCAACCAGCUGGCGCAGAGGCUGGGCGCCGAGUGGGACAACUGGGUGGGACAACUGGGGCUGUCGCAGACAGACGUCUACCGCUGCAAGGCCAACCACCCCUACAACGUGCAGUCGCAGGUGGUGAAGGCCUUCGUGCGCUGGCGGCAGCGCUAUGGGAAGCAGGCCACUUUCCUGAGCCUGCACAGGGGCCUGCAGGCAGUGGAGGCAGACCCGGGUGUGCUGCAGCACAUGCUGGAGUGA